GCCACAUGGACCCCGCCAGCCCGAGCGCGCGCCGCCGCUGACUGCUGCCCGAGGGACUCCGCUUCCUCCUAUGUGAGGUCUGACUCAGUGGUCACCGAGGAACCAAGCCAUCAUCAUGGAGUUCGUGAUGAAGCAGGCCCUGGGAGGGGCCACCAAGGACAUGGGAAAGAUGCUGGGGGGUGAUGAGGAGAAGGACCCUGAUGCUGCCAAGAAGGAGGAGGAACGCCAGGAGGCGCUACGGCAGGCAGAGGAGGAGCGCAAGGCCAAGUAUGCCAAGAUGGAGGCUGAGCGAGAGGUCAUGCGGCAGGGCAUCCGCGACAAGUAUGGCAUUAAGAAGAAGGAAGAGCGUGAGGCUGAGGCCCAGGCUGCCAUGGAGGCCAACUCAGAGGGCAGCCUGACUCGGCCCAAGAAGGCCAUUCCACCAGGCUGCGGUGAUGAACCGGAGGAGGAGGACGAGAGCAUCCUGGACACGGUCAUCAAGUACCUGCCCGGGCCACUGCAGGACAUGUUUAAGAAGUAAUACCGCCUGGACACUGGGAGCGGAGCCCCUGCCUGCCCCCUGUACAGACCCUCUCAGAGGCCCCCAGGGCGUUGGGAGCAGCACAGCUCCCUCGCCACUAUAAGCCAUAGUCCUAGGUCCACCUGCCCGCGCCCCUCCUGCAGCGGCCCUGCCACCCCUGCCGAGGCCCAGGGCACAGCCCUUCUGUGCUGGCUGGACCCCUACUGCCCUCACAUACACCACCCCUACCAGCCGGGGUCACCCCAGGCCAGCCCUUCGCACACCCUGGGCGUGGCCCACGCAUCAUGGGCAGGUGCCAUGGGGUUCAAACUCAGGAGCACAGCCAUAGUGGGGGUGGGUGUCUGGGCUGCGGAGCAGCGGCCCCUGCCCUGCACACUACCCGGGUUGCUAGGCCUGAAAAUCCCCGCUUCUGUCUUCCUCGUGGCUGUCCCACACGCCUACCCAGGCCUCACUUUCUCUGGCCCCCGCUGCCUCCCUCCUCUGGGAACCUCUCCUCAGCCUGUUCCCUCUCAACCAAGGGAGACAAAGAAACAGGUCUGGAGCUCUCUGACACCCUAAGAACAUGCUUGCAAUCUGCUGCUCCCUGGCUGUCACCCCGGUCCCCAAGGCUCCUGCCCUUGUGCAGGAGCCUCACACUCCAGUGCUUGAGAGACGUGAGAACACGGCGGGGUGGGGAGUGGGGGGCAGCCAGGUGCAGGGGCUCAGCU